UAUUUUUAUUUCCUUUCUUCUUUUCUGUUACAAAUAAUUUUCUUUCAAUUAGUUAUUUUCUAUAUAUAAAAAUAUUUCUUCACAUUCAAAGCAUUCAAAGUUCAGUAGUUUCCCGGUUCUCCUCCUUCCUCUCCCUGAACCCACCACCUUCCUCGUGGCCAUUCCUUAUCUCUCGCUUCUCUUUUUCAUUCUCUCUCCAAAACUCUCUCUCAUUAUAUUCAUUUAUAUAUUCCAUUCGAAAUCUGCAUACUGCUUUUUCAGGCUACAUUUUUUUUCUUUGGUAGCCUCCAUCUCUGCUAUUGCCCUCGUCGGAUCUGUGACUUCCUUGCUUUCUCUUCAAGGAAUUUGUUGGAUCCUGGGGUUGUAUUUGGAGAUUGCCUUUAUGGGGAUUUGUUGCUAAUCUCUGGCUGAUCACUAGUGGAAAGGCAACAAAAGCGUUAAAAAUAAGUCGCAUUGCAAUCAUUGAAUAUAGAUUGGAUUUAUUGCAAGUUAAAACUGGACAGUGCUGUUUACUUGACGAAGUUGGAUAUCUUUAUGGGUAAUGAUUUCUAUGGUAAAAUUUCAGUUUCCUGAACUGGGUUCACUUUGAGGAUUGAAUUCUACAAGUAGUUUGUGAAUAUCUUGGGGCUUUUGUGAUUUGGUGAGCUAGAGAAGGGAGAAAAAUAUAGUGCGCUUGGUAGGUGGAGAUGGAUCAUAUACUUUCAAAAGAGAGAGAUUUUGAGGUUGAUCUUGAAAAUGGGGCGAAAGCUAGUGUUGAAGAUCAAAGUAAAGACUCUAUUUCUGGUUUGAAAAUUCAAGCGAAGCAGUUGUUUGCUAAGAUUUGUGGUAUCUUUUAUGAUGGUACAAUGAAGGGUGAAGAGGGGUUGAAGUUGUGUUGUGAUGCAUCAGAACAAGUGAACUUGGAUGGAGGGAAAACUAUUAGUAAUGUAGAGAACCAAGUGGUAAAGGAGAAGCGUAAAAAGACGAGCAAUAAAAAGGCUUCGAAACCUCCUAGACCUCCUAGAGGUCCAUCAUUGGAUGCUGCUGACCUGAUGCUGAUCAAGGAGAUUACAGAACUUGCUAUGUUGAAACGUGCAAGGAUUGAGAGAAUCAAAGCCUUGAAGAAAAUGAAAGCAGAAAAAGCAUCAUCGUCUAAUGGCAAUAUGUUUGCAAUGGCGUUCACAAUCCUCUUCUUUUUAGUGAUCAUCUUUCAAGGAAUGUCAUCAAGGGUUACAUCGGCAAACAUAAAGGGAUCGCCUUUAUCAACAGAAACAAUCCAGAGCAGCUUGAAGUAUUUUGGGAAUCCAUCUGCUAGUGUCCCAAAUGGACCUGCUUCUGAAUCUCCCAAAAGAAUCACAUGAAUUUAUGUUAUUGAACAUGAGAAAUGCAAGAAAAAGUGGCAAUUGAGAAGUGAGAACCCGUUCAGCUGUCCAGCAAUGUAUUGAUGAUGGCUACAGCUACAUCACAGAGAUUCUGCGUAAGUUUGUUCCUUUCAGUUAAGGGUAAUUUCAGCCCUGAGGUUUUUUUCUCACAUGCAUGAGCUUCAUCUCCAGCAUCUGAUAUUCCAUACUUUGCAAAACCAUAGUGACCAUUUUCCAAGGCUUCCAUAGCUUGGGGAAGAAUGUAAUUGACAACAGGGCUGUAUACUUCAGCACAGUAUGUCAAGGGUCGUUCUAGCUCAGGGUCUGUGGUCUUGUUGAUUAGCUCGUGUAUGUAAUUUAGCGUAUUAGUUGCAUUAGACAAGGUGACAUUGCCCAUUAUAGAAGCUAGACCCUUAACAUCUGCAUUAGAGCUUUGAGAGCUUGAUUGCAGGGAAGAGACGCAGAGAUCAUAAUAGGGUGUCUUGUUGCAAGUUUUUUCUAUCAAAUUGUCGCUUUCUAUUAUCGGUAGAAGAGACAAAAGAAGAACAGCAUGAAGGAGAAAGAUUGGCAAAGAAGAGACUGGACCUUUCAUUAAUGGAGCGAUUAGAGAAAAUGAAACAGAGAGAUUGAUUGUGAUUUGGUGAUUAACUGACCCUUUUAGGAGGGUAGCUAAGCUACUCUUUCUUAGAAGAAAUGAGAAUUGGUUGCAUAUGUAUGUCGUUAAAUGACUCGGAUAGUUUCUAAUCAGAACGCUAUGCUAGUUUUGAAUGGGGUGAAAAAUUGCCGACCCAUUUGUAUCUGACAAAUAAUGUUAUGGUGAUUGAAACGAAACAAAGGCCAAUAAACUUAAAGCUCUCUUGUUUU